GGGCAGAAGACUGAGGACAGGAGCUACCCCCCAAGAGACCAGACCUACCCGAGAGGUGACAGCAUUGCCUCCUGGAUUUAGAAGUCAGGGACACCUGUCCACAGGCAGCACCAUGCGCGUGGUAGUGUUGGGAGCUGGCGUCUCCGGCCUGUCCACCACGCUCUGCAUCCACGACCGCUACCGCUGGGCACUGCCCUUCCUGGAGGUGAACGUCUAUGCGGACCGCUUCACCCCGCUCACCACCACCGAUGCGGCUGCCGGCCUCUGGCAGCCCUACCUCUGCGACCCCAGCAACCCUCAGGAGGAACGCUGGCAUCAGCAGACCUUCAAUCACCUGCUGAGACAUCUGCACUGUCCCCAGGCCGACCGCAUGGGCCUGGCCCUCGUCUCCGGCUACAACCUUUUCCGCGAAGCCGUGCCGGACCCUUUCUGGAAGAACACUGUGCUGGGGUUCCGGAGGCUGAGUCCCAGGGAGCUGGACAUGUUCCCUGGCUACAGUUACGGCUGGUUCAGCACAAACCUGAUUCUGGAGGGGAAGAGGUACCUUCAGUGGCUGACUGACAGGUUAGCUGAGAGAGGUGUGAAGUUCUUCCAUCGGAAGGUGGAGUCUUUUGAAGAGGUGGCUCGAGGAGGCGCGGAUGUGAUCAUCAACUGCACAGGGGUGUGGGCAGGGGAGCUGCAGCCUGACCCCCAGCUGCAGCCUGGCCGGGGCCAGGUCAUCCAGGUGCAGGCCCCCUGGAUAAAGCACUUUAUCCUGACCCACGACCCCCAGCAAGGCAUCUACAGGUCCCCGUACAUCAUCCCAGGGAUGGACACAGUGACUCUCGGGGGCGUCUUCCAGCUGGGGGACUGGAGGGAGGUUAACGACAGCCAGGACCACCAUAGCGUCUGGGAAGGCUGCUGCAAGCUGGUCCCCUCUCUGAAGGAUGCAAAAAUCAUGGGUGACUGCACUGGCUUCCGGCCUGUCCGCUCCCAGGUUCGAGUUGAAAGAGAGCAGCUCCGCUUUGGACCUUCUGACGUGGAGGUUAUCCACAACUACGGCCAUGGCGGCUUCGGGCUCACUAUCCACUGGGGCUGUGCCCUGGAGGUGGCCGAGCUCUUCGGGAAAAUUCUAGAAGAAAGGAAAUUGCUUGGGAAGCUGCCGUCCCACCUCUAGGAUGCCAGCGGAUGCUGUCUCUCCAAUACCAUCUCCCACCCUCUAAAUAGUGUGCUCCCCCCAAUGCCAGCCUUCGUUCCCCACCCUCUGGCUUCGUGGCAAGAAGCUGGAGGGGAGAGGAGCUGUGAGGCCAGUUCCUGAAGACAAGACCUGCUGACCAGUAAGGUCUCCCCAUCCUCUCUGGGCCUGUCCUUACAAGGCACCGGGAGGCGGUCACCACAUGAGUCCUUGGAGGAGAACACUCAGAAAAUCCAAGAGGGGCCGAGCCGUGGCACACGUGGUUGAACACGCACGCUGCCAUGAACAAGGACCUGGGUUCGAGCCUCCACGCGUCAUCUGCAGGGGGGAAGCUGUGUGAACAGUGAAACAGGACUGCAUGUGUCUCUCCCUCUCUGUCCCCUUCCUUCUCCAUUUAUCUGUCCUAUCAAAUAAUAAAUCAAUUCAUUAAAUUUAAAAAGUUUGUCGGAAGCAGUGGUGAUCUUAGUCUCCUGAGAGAAGUGAGAAAGCCCAGCCAGUUUCUGAUGGGGAAAAAAGCAAAGGGAGAAAAGAAAAAAGAAAGAAAAGAAAAUACAAGGAGGGGCCGGGUGGUGGCGCACCUGGUUGAGUGCACAUGUUACAGCCGCCACCUGCAGGGGGAAAGCUUCACAAGUGGUGAAGCAGGGCUGCAGAUGUCUCUCUCUGUCUCUCUCCCUAUCUCCCCCUUCCCUCUCAGUUUCUGACAGUCUCUAUCCAGCAAAUAAAUAAAGAUUAAAAAAAAAGAAAA